GUCACUACCACUGUAACUUUCUCUCUUUUUUGACAUUUUACUUUACAAGAAAGGGAGGUGAGGGCACAGUGGUUAAAAGGGACAUCGUUUACCGCGGAAACCAAAUUCUGAAACAGGAAGAAGAAAUUCUCCAGAAUAUAUAUAUUCUCUUGUUGAAGCUACACUCAGUAGUCAGUAGCACCCCCACCACUUCUCCGAGCCGUUCAAAAUCGGAACUGCCAGUUUACUUUUUGCCCUUUCCAUCUAAAAUCCGCCUCAGCAGAUUCCCCAAUUUGAUUAGUCUUUCAUUUCUUUCCCUCAAGCCAAGAAUCUCACAUAUCCUCUCUCUUAGCUUUUUCAACAAUGAUGCCAUUCUUCUUCUCUCCCCCUCUCCCUCUUUCUCUUAGUCCUUUUCAACGACUUUCUCCAAAUCCCAGAAAAAUCUUUGUCUAUACAUACUACUCAAAUUUUUCUGUCUUCAUGCCAUGUCUUCUUCAAGUGUCAAUCAGCCUUUCACAUUUGAGAGGAAGUCAAGGUUUAUGAGAUGGCUUAGUAAGCUUUUCAAGGGUGGUGGCUCAGCCAAUAGGAGUGUGCCAGCUGGACGACCACAGUUUCUUGGAGAGGAGGAUAACAUGGUUAGGCGCCCUCCACCCAGACCACUGGAUGAUCACUCUAGGGCCAGUAAAGAGAAAGAGGAACUAGAUCGAUCAAUUGCACGCUCUCUAGCCAAAGAUUCGAAGAGACCAAAUGGACAAAGACGACAGGGGACUGGGAAAGAUGAAGACCUAGCAAGAUCACUCCAUGAUAACAUUAACUCGUCCUCGUAUCCUCCUCCACAUGCUCCUUCACAUGCCCCUUGGGAUUACAAUGCCAGAGGUUGUAGAAAAUGUAGUGGCUGCCAUGGGGAUAUUGGCUCUGGCAAUUAUUUGGGAUGCAUGGGAACUUUCUUUCAUCCAGAGUGCUUUCUUUGUCAUGCCUGUGGUCUUCAAAUUACCGAGUACGAGUUUUCUUUGUCAGGGAACAAUUCAUAUCAUAAGUCAUGCUUCAAGGAACUGACUCAUCCCAAAUGCGAAGUGUGCCACCAAUUUAUCCCAACAAAUGGAGCUGGAUUGAUAGAGUAUAGAUGCCAUCCAUUUUGGUCCCAGAAAUAUUGUCCUUCACAUGAGAAUGAUGACACCAAACGAUGUUGUAGUUGUGAACGUCUCGAGUCAUGUAAUACAAGAUACAUAUCACUUGGAGAUGGUCGGAGCUUAUGUUUAGAGUGCACUGAGUCGGCCAUUGCGGACACUGGGGACUGUCAACAACUAUACCAUGCCAUUAGAGACUUUUAUGAAGGCAUGAAUAUGGCAAUAGAUCAGCAAGUUCCUAUGUUGCUUGUUGAAAGACAAGCCCUUAAUGAAGCCAUUGAAGGGGAGAAGCAUGGUUUUCAUCAUAUGCCUGAAACCAGAGGUCUAUGCCUAUCAGAAGAGCAGACAGUGACCAGUUUGGGUCGGGUUAUAAAGAUAGAAGAAUGGAUAGUCCAAGAUUCCGGACCGGGCUACAAACCUGGCGUCGCUAGCUUAAAGCCUGGUCUAGCCUGGCUUUAUCCAGGCCUCGCCAGCUUAAAGCCUGGUCUAGCCUGGCUUUAUCCAGGCCUCGCCAGCUUAAAGCCUGGUCUAGCCUGGCUUUAUCCAGGCAUCGCCAGCUUAAGGCCUGGUCCAGCCUGGCUAAAGCUUGGUCUACCAAUGAAAGCCCUUCUUCUCUUUGUUUCCAUGCUAGAGGAAGUUUGUUCUCAAGGUGUCCAGUCUUUUCUCUACAUUGGCAGUGAUGAUGCUGUACUUGUAGUUGUCCAUUACUAUUACUAUUGGAUUCUAAAGCGUGUUAAGGCCAGAAACACUUACCAUUAUCUUUCAAUGUGCAGAUUACUUACCGGUGCUAUUCUUGCUCAUGAACUGAUGCAUGCCUGGUUACGUCUAAAAGGGUUCCGUAAUCUCAGCCCUGAGGUGGAGGAGGGCAUCUGCCAAGUGCUUUCUCAGAUGUGGCUUGAAUCAGAAGUAAUGCCUGGAUCCAGAAUUAUGCCGUCCACAUCCACUGCGUCAUCCUCUUCGACAUGGUCGUAUUCCAAGAAAGGUGGAAAGUCAGGUGUGGAGAAUAAGUUGGGUGAGUUUUUCAUGCACCAGAUAGCUCAUGAUGCUUCUCCAGCGUAUGGUGCAGGAUUUAGAGCUGCUAAUGCAGCCGUAAUUAAGUAUGGUUUGCGACGUACAUUGGAUCACAUUCGGCUGACAGGAAGUUUUCCUGUAUGAUGCAAUCAUGAUAGCUCUUUUACUUCGUUUUGUCGAUGAUCAUUUCCUCUGCUGUGUGGCAAGCUGGAGGUCAUUGAAUCCUCCCAUGAGGACGUGAGUCGAUCAUGCAAUGCUGGAUUAGCUCCCACUAACCUUUGGGUUACUGAUAAGGAAGAACUUGAAAUAUCCUAGAAUUAGGGAGUAGCAUAUUUGGCAGUGAAUAUUAACUAGAAAAUGUAAUUGGGGGCUGGUGCAUUUGGACUGCAAAAAGUUCACAUCUGAAUGCGUCGGGAUCAUUAUCCAAUGUCUUGGACAAAUGUUGUUUUGAACGAAAUCCUACCUAAGCUGUACCUGUUACAGUUAUCACUUUUGGAGUAGUGUACUGCAGAGUGAAUCCAAUUGUGGCACCCUAAGGGUGUUAGCUUAGUAGUCAUUGAAAUUGGUAGAGAACUAUGAGGUCUCAUGUUCAGACAAAAAGUUACUAGGUGACUUUGUCGCAUAUGUUAAACCCUUGAGUUGAUAGAGUUACACUGUAUCUAUGUUGGUGAUGUACCCGACGGAUUUACUCAA